AACCGAGAUGGCACGGCUGCGUCGCGCGAUCGCUCUUGGCGCCGUCGUCGCGUUAGCGCAAUGGAGGCCGGCAUCUGCAGCGAUCGGGACUCCGUUCGACCCCCAUGAGAGCAUGCGUCUGCAGAAGGACGGGCCGCACCUGAAGAAACUCGACAAAGCAUUCGAAUCCCACCUCGAGUCUGCGUUCGACCCGCACUUGAACCUAGACACGAUCGAGGAAAAGUACGAAAAGCAGGGCAUCUACUUCGACGACGUCGAGCCGUUGAAGCCACAUGUGUUCACGAAAGCUGUUGUGAAUCACUAUGCCAAGAAGCCCAAGUACUGGCGGCAGCGAUACUACGUCAACGAAGAACAUUGGGGUGGCCCAGGGUUUCCUGUGUUUCUCAUGAUAGGCGGCGAAGCACCGAUUCAACCUAGCGACGUCAGCCACGAGAUGUUUUACAUGAACACGCUGGCCAUUCAGCACAAGGCGCUUCUGCUGUCCGUCGAGCAUCGCUACUACGGCGAAUCGAACCCGACGCCAGACAUGACGGUCGAAAACUUGGAGUUUUUGACGAUUGAUCAAGCUCUCAAAGACCUCGAGCUGUUUCACAGCCACGUGACAACAAAGUACCGCACGACGGACGCGUCCAAGUGGAUUGUGUUUGGCGGGAGUUAUCCAGGCAAUUUGGCGGUGUGGUUCAAACAGGAGUACCCGCAUUUGGCGGUGGGGGGCAUCGCGAGUUCCGCGCCACUUCUCUUGAUGGCCGAUUACAAAGAGUACAUGGAAGUCGUGAGCAACGACUUUACGCGCGUGGGUGGCGCAGCGUGCGGCGAGUCGAUCCGAAACGCCAUGCAAGCACUCGACGACGCGAUUGUGGAGGCACUUGAGGCGCAUCCUUCGUCCGCAAAGAAGAAAGGCUCGAAGAAGGCAUCCAAGCAUCGCCGAGGCGUUCGCCCCACCGACCACAACGCGACUCUGUACGACGUGUUGACGUUGUGCGAACCGAUCGCCAACGACAUGGAUGCCAUGGUGCUCGAGAGCAUCGUGAAGAACCAAUUCCAAGGCGUCGCCCAGUACAACGACUUCAACCCUGUCAACAUUCAAGCCACGUGCGAGUACUUUGCGUCGGUCACGACGGAAAAACCGCUGGCCCAGCUCGCGGGCUUUUUGGCAAUGGCGAGCCCCACCGGGUGCUACAUGUCGACUUUUUCCGGGUCGUCCGGCAUGAGCCUGAUGGAGCAGCCGUCGUUCACCGGCACGGAAUUCGACGGCACGAGCAUCGAGCGCCAGUGGACGUACCAGCGGUGCACCGAGCUCGGGUACACGCAGUCGGCCGGCACAGACGCGCCCAACGACACCAACAUCUUUCGGCCGUUGCAAUUCACGUCGUUCAACCUGCUCGGGACCAAGCUAUGCCAGCACUUGUUUGGCCAUGCGUUCAAGUUCCCCAACGUCGACGCUGCCAACAAGCGGCUGCGGGGAAACCGCCCUCAAGUCGACAAUAUCACGUUUACGAACGGGAACCUCGAUCCAUGGUACGCAGCACUGACGUCGAACGACAUGAUCGGUUGGGCUCACGGCGGGUGUCGAGGUAUCCGCUGGGGGUGGUGGACGCCAAGAAGGUCGACGACGCGCAAAACACGGUCCUUUUUAUCGACGGCACGUCGCACUGCCGCGAUAUGUAUGCGCCGCAAGUCAAUGACACGCAAGCCAUUCAAGCAGCGCACAAGCAGAUCGCGGCCAACGUCGCGUUGUACUUGAGCUGAGCGUUUGGACCGGUCCUUGUGAGUCCCAAUCCGUUCUUUGUGUGCAUCGUUCCCAGCGCUGUUUCGACCUUUGCACCACCCAAGCGCGCAUCGACUGCGUGCUUGUGUCGACAUGUCUUGGCGCGCGCGCGCGCACAGCCAUCGCUUUCUCACAGGUUCAUCGUGGCCACAAAUGUCGAAUGUCGUCGUGUGUUAGUCGUUAGGAUGUGGUGUAGCCGAUAUGGGCUUCGGUGCCCAACUACCACUCGGACCGUUUGUAGUCUUUGAAGAAAUCGCCCGAGGGAAACGUGCCUUGGGUGGUGGCGUCCUGGAAUCCAAUGAAGAUGGGGUCCAAGAUGCGCGCCGCCGCGUCGAUUUCGUCGAGGGGCGUCUAUUGCCAUCAUCGUCACGAUGCAAGAGGUCGACACAGACCGCCGUCGUACCUGAAAGUUGUGUUUCAUGGCAAUGUCCUGUGCCUUGGCGCGCGGGUUUUCAUCGUUGAUCCAGCCCGUGUCGACCGACGUCAUGUAGAUGUUUCGCGACUUGAGCUCGUCCGCGCACGUCCGCGUCAUCAUGUUGGCCGCCGCCUUGGCCAUGUUUGUGUGCGGGUGGUGGGGUGUCUUGUACCGAUAAAACUUGCCUUCCAUCGCGCUCACGUUCACGAUAAAGUGGUGCGGCCGUGAACUCUGCCGAUGGCCUUUAGCCUUGGACAUCGGGACGGCGCACUUA